AUGCACUUUGCUUCACUCCUUGUCCUGAGCUGUGCUGCUCUUAGUGCAGCUCUCACACCGACGCAGAUCAGCAACAAAUUUAAGAAGAUGGAGAAUAUCUCCACUCGCUGCAUCAAUAAGGCCCAAAAGCUCGAGGCCAAGGACGGUACCAACAUCAACAGCCCAUCAAGUCGCUUCCAGGAUAUUUUCAAAGGCAUUGAUGAGAUUGACCGUCUAGCCAACGAAAUAUCUGUCUCUGUCGAAGCUUUGCCCUCCCAGUAUAGCAGUUCUGAUUCUACCAUAGUCAUGAAUGGUUAUUCCAGCUGGAGCAGUCAGCACCAGGAAGUGUACGUCAACCUCAACUACGCACGACAGCCAUUCGCUGGCAUGGCUCCUGUCUGCAACGCUAUCCGUGACUCGAUCUCGAAGGACCAGGAGAGUCUGGACCGUCUGGGAAUUGCUCUCCUUAACAAAGUCGCUACUUCCGAUCGAUAUGUCGUCACCCGCAUACGAGCCGGCCUUGGCAGGCAAGCAAGUGGUGUUAAGAGGAACUAUUGUGAAGGGAUCAACAGCGGAGAGUGA